CGCAGCCCCGGCCCGCCGCUCCCUCCCGCCGGUGCGAUGCUGCUGCCGCUCGCCGUGCUGCCCUGCGCCUUCGUCCUGCUGCGGGCCGCAGCCUCUCUCCAAGUGGACAUUGUUCCAAGCCAGGGGGAGAUCAGCGUUGGAGAGUCCAAGUUCUUCUUAUGUCAAGUGGCCGGGGAGGCCAGGUCCAAGGACAUCUCGUGGUUCUCCCCGAACGGGGAGCGGCUGAGCCCGGGCCAGCAGCGCAUCUCGGUGGUGCGCAACGAUGACUCCUCGUCCACGCUCACCAUCUACAACGCCAACAUCGACGACGCCGGCAUCUACAAGUGUGUGGUCAGCAGCCCCGAGGAGGGCGACUCCGAGGCCACCGUCAACGUCAAGAUAUUCCAAAAGCUGAUGUUCAAGAACGCUCCCACCCCCCAGGAGUUCAAGGAAGGGGACGAUGCUGUGAUCGUGUGCGACGUGGUCAGCUCGCUGCCCCCCACCAUCAUCUGGAAGCACAAAGGCAGGGAUGUCAUCCUGAAAAAGGAUGUGCGCUUCAUCGUCCUGUCCAACAACUACCUGCAGAUCCGCGGCAUCAAGAAGACGGAUGAGGGCACCUACAGGUGUGAGGGGAGGAUCCUGGCCCGGGGGGAGAUCAACUUCAAGGACAUCCAGGUCAUCGUCAACGUGCCGCCCUCUGUGCGUGCCAGGCAGAGCACCAUGAACGCCACUGCCAACCUGAGCCAGUCUGUCACCCUGGCCUGUGAUGCUGAUGGCUUCCCCGAGCCCACCGUGUCCUGGACCAAGGAUGGAGAGCCCGUGGAGGAGGUGGAGGAGGAGGAGGACAAGUACAGCUUCAACUCGGACGGCUCCGAGCUGGUGAUCCACAGGGUGGACAAGAGCGACGAGGCCGAGUACAUCUGCAUUGCUGAGAACAAGGCUGGGGAGGCCGACGCCACCAUCCACCUCAAAGUCUUUGCCAAACCCAAGAUCACCUACGUGGAGAACAAGACAGCCAUGGAGCUGGAGGAUCAGAUCACGCUGACCUGCGAGGCCUCGGGGGACCCCAUCCCCUCCAUCACCUGGAGGAGCUCCAGCAGGAACAUCAGCAGCGAGGAGAAGGCUUCGUGGACCCGGCCCGAGAAACAAGAGACGCUGGACGGGCGGAUCGUGGUGCGCAGCCACGCUCGCGUCUCCUCGCUGACGCUCAAGGACAUCCAGUACACGGACGCGGGCGAGUACAUCUGCACUGCCAGCAACACCAUCGGCCAGGACUCGCAGGCCAUGUACCUGGAGGUGCAGUACGCCCCCAAGCUGCAGGGCCCUGUGGCCGUGUACACCUGGGAAGGGAACCAGGUGAACAUCACCUGCGAGGUGUUUGCCUACCCCAGUGCUGUCAUCUCCUGGUUCCGGGAUGGGCAGCUGCUCCCCAGCUCCAACUACAGCAACAUCAAGAUCUACAACACGCCCUCAGCAAGUUACCUGGAGGUGACCCCAGACUCAGAGAAUGACUUUGGGAACUACAACUGCACGGCUGUGAACCGCAUCGGGCAGGAGUCCUCCGAGUUCAUCCUGGUGCAGGCAGACACGCCCUCCUCGCCCUCCAUCGGCAGGGUGGAGCCCUACUCCAGCAGCGCCCAGGUGGAGUUUGAGGAGCCCGAGGCCACGGGCGGGGUGCCCAUCCUCAGGUACAAGGCGGAGUGGAGGGCCCUGGGCGAGGGCGACUGGCACUCGCGGCUCUACGAUGCCAAGGAAGCCAACGUGGAGGGCGCAGUGACCAUCACGGGGCUGAAGCCUGAGACCACCUAUGCAGUGAGGCUGUCAGCAGUCAAUGGCAAGGGCGUGGGGGAGCUCAGCCCGCCCGCCGAGUUCAAGACGCAGCCAGUUCGCAUCCCUCACCCACCAACCCCAGCUGCGGCUGCUGCAUCCCCGAGCCCCGUGGCUCUGAGGGAACCCAGUGCCCCCAAGCUGGAAGGUCACAUAGGAGAGGAUGGCAACUCCAUCAAGGUGAACGUCAUCAAGCAGGACGACGGUGGCUCCCCGAUCAGGCACUACCUGAUCAAGUACAAAGCUAAGCACUCCUCGGAGUGGAAGCCCGAGAUCCGGCUGCCGUCGGGCAGCGACCACGUCAUGCUGAAAUCCCUGGACUGGAACGCCGACUACGAGGUGUACGUGGUGGCUGAGAACCAGCAGGGCAAGUCCAAGCCUGCCCACUACGCCUUCCGCACCUCGGCGCAGCCCACGGUGAUCCCAGCGACCUUGGGAAGUCCAUCAGCGUCGUCCUCCUUUGUCUCAUUGCUUCUCUCUGCAGUGACUCUGCUUUUGCUCUGUUAGAAACUUUCAAAAACAAAAAAAAGAGUCAAAUAAAGCAAUAUUUGCUUGGGAAGGCCUAGGUCCCACCAAGGUGUGGAAGGAGAUAACUUUGCUUCAGAGGAUCGUGUCAGUUCAGAGAAAAACAAACAAAAAAAGAAACACAGAACUUAAAAAAAAUGUUUAAUUUGAAAGAGUCAGUAUUUUGUAACAAGGAAAAAAGGUUUAAGCCAAGUUUUUUUCUCUUUAACUUUUUUUUUUGUUUCUUGUAAUGAAUUUGCCCUUUUAAAUGGAUGUAAAGAAAGAUUUUUUUUUUGUGCUGUUUGCUUGCUGUUUUCAUCAAAGGAAGGUGCAAUGUUGAAAGCCUUUAAGAUCCUGCUUUUUACUCAUUUCUCUGCACAUCUGGUGCUGAUCUUGUGCAAAAGGAGGCCCCAUCCACAAACCCACAGACUGUAAAAAGAAAGAGAAGAUUUGUCAGAGACCAUCCUGCUGAUUGCCCAUGUCUCUGGGGGCUUUUGCAUGUGGAUCCAAAUGUCUGGAAGGUUUUCCUGCCGUGCUGCUCUGACCAUAAACAUCUGCUGGGAUCCCACUGCUGCUCUUCCUCCUCCUCCUCCUCCUCCUCCUUGUCCGUCCCUGGUGUGCAGGGUGGGGCUGGGCACACCCAGCCCAUGGGCACACCCAGUGCCAGUGGAUUUCCAGAGCUGUGCUAACACAGAUCCCUUUCCUUGCUGUCCUGACAGGAAAUCUUGGCUGGGAUGGAGUGAGCUGAGCAGCAGAGUUGUAAUUACUGAUCCUUAAUCAUCUUCCUGGCUAGCUGUGGGUGUGGCAGCAUCAGUCCCUGGGCUGAACUGGUGCAGCAGAGCCAUCUUUGGUAUCAAAUACUGGGAAUCCCCUUGGACAAAAUUCAGAUGAUUUUUGCAUUGCUUCUUUGAAAAAAAACCAGAACUCCCCACCCAAAAAAAAAAAAAAAAAAAAAAACACCAAAAAACAACCCUGUCCCCCCAAAAAAAACCCCAAAAAACCUGACACAACAACCCCAAUGAAUUUUUGGGAAAUCCGUUGGGAUGGGAAAUCCACUGGGGUAUGAUAUUCAUUGGGAUAGGAAAUCUUCUUGGGAUAGGAAAUCCUUUGGAACAGGAAUUCCAUUGGAGCAGGAAAUCCAUUAGGAUGUGGAAUCAAUUGGAACAGGAAAUCCAUUGAUAUAGGAAAUCCAUGGAUAGGAAAUCCAUUGGAAAAGGAAAUCCAUUGGGAUAGGAAAUCCAUUGGGAUAGGAAAUCCAUUGGAACAGGAAAUCCAUUGGGAUAGGAAAUCCAUGGAUAGGAAAUCCAUUGGGAUAGGAAAUCCAUUGGGAUAGGAAAUCCAUUGGAACAGAAAAUUUGGGAUAUGAGAUCCAUUGGGAUAGGAAAUCCAUUGGGACAUAAAAUUUGGGAUAUGAAAUCCAUUGGAACAGGAAAUCCGUUGGGAUAUGGAAUCCAUUGUGGCAGGAAUUCAUUGGAACAGAAAAUCCAUUGGGAUAAGAAAUCCAUUGGGAUAGGAAAUUUGGGAUAUGAACUCCGCUGGGAUAUGAAGUUCAUUGGGAUAGGAAAUCCAUUAGAACAGGAAUUAAUUGGAACAGAAAAUCCAUUGGGAUAUGAAAUCCAUUGGGAUAGGAAAUUUGGGAUAUGAACUCCGCUGGGAUAUGAAGUUCAUUGGGAUAGGAAAUCCAUUGGGAUAUGAAGUCCAUUGGGAUAUGAGAUCCAUCCCAUCUGAUGCUGUCCUAAAACCAGGCUUCUCCUAAAACCAGAAUGUCUCAAAGCCUCUCAGCUGGGUGGGGUUCAUCUCCUGACAGAAUCCUGCCCUCACUCGUGUCUGGCUCUGCCUUCUCUGCUCUGCUGUGUUGGAACUUUCCUGUCUGGAUUGGAAAUGCAAACUUGAUGCAGGUGUCGCACACAGAAGCCUGUGGGUUUAUUUUUUAUUCCAAACCCCCUCAUUUCCAGUGCUGUAGAGUGUAGACUCUUUGUUAGAGCUUUGGAGUUUGCUGAAGUGCAGCAAAAUAAUCCUGAUACUAAGAACUGGUGUGAUUUGCCCUCUAACUGCAUUAAUUGAGCUCAUUGUAGGUCUGAAAUCAGCUUUGUGUGGGUUUCCCCCUAAUCCACAGAGGCUGAGAUGUUUCUCACCAAAAUCACAGCUAUUAAAAUGAUCUCUGUAACUUUGUGAGGUUGGUGUGGAGAGAGAGCAGCACCUGUGGGGGGUUCUGUCCCUGGGAAGGGCUCAGGGUUCUCUGUGGCACCUUUAGUGUGGCUGAAAUGAAUCCCAAACGCCGCAGCAGCCAGGAGCCCAGGCAGCGUGGAUUACAGACAGAAAGUGCUUCUUUCUGUUGGAUAAAAUGAGGAGCAGAACUGGGCUUUCAGCACUGAUCUGUGCAGAUUUGGAACAUGCCAGGUACCAGAGAUCUGUCAGGCCCUUGGUGUGAGUAAAAUGAAAUUUAAAUAGAGUUUUUAGAAGAGCCACAGAGGAGGCAGAGGCUCAGAUGUGGAAGCAGAGGAUGCUCAAGCACUGGGAUUUUCCUGCCUGCAGUUCCUGCGUGUGUGAGGGGCUGCAGAGCCCUGCAGGAUUCCCAGUUUGCUGCAGCCCCUCCACAUUCCCAGAGCUGUUUCUCAGAGCACUGUUUGGCUGUUUUUGUGGGCAGGGAGGUUUGGGAAUGUCCUGCUCACCGGGAGCAGCUGCAGGUGCCUGCACCUCCAGGGUUCUGGGGGAUAAAAAGAAGGUUUUACCUAAAAGGUUUUAAAAACAGCUUCUCCUGGCUCUGCUGGGAUGGGGUGGGCACUUGGGGCAGGGUGUGGUUUACCCAGGAAAGGAUUUUGGUGUCACCCCGUGUUUUGGGGCAGGGUGUGAUUUACCCAGGAAAGGAUUUUGGUGUCACCCCGUGUUCAGCCUGCAGAGGAGAAGCUCUGGGGUGACCUCAGUGCCCCUUGCAGGAGCUGGAGGAGCUGGAAGAAAAAGGGAGAGGGAUUAUUUCCAUGGGAUGGAGGGACAGGAAGGGGGGAAUGGUUUCAGACUGAUGAAGGACAGGGCUAGGUGGGGUUUUGGGAAGGAAUUGUUUCUUGUGAAGGUGGAGAGGGGCUGG